ACCCAACUAAUAACUGAAUACAGUUGUUGUUUCGUUCAACUUCCUAUCAUGAUUGGGUAUGGCACGCACAACAAUGAAGAAGGCAGACUUCAAUGUAAACGAAAUAGAAGCACACGUCUCAAACUACUUGCAGUUUUUUUCGGUCGCAAACGCCUCCGUAUAGAGCUAAAGCGACACCGUUUCCAAUUCUGAAUCCUCCUCUGCGCAGGCAUCACCAUGGAUUCCGACACGUCAAAAACUGCCGCCGAUUCACAAAAAGCUGCAAUCCCUAAGAUCCAAACGCCAAUUUCACAAUCACCGUCAAAAGACACAGAUUUUCUCAACCACCUCGAAGCUUACCUCGCAAAACGAGACGGUGUUGAUAAAAUCCUGAAAAUUUCCCGCUACGCUUCCAAAAUCAUACUAUCAUCCAAUACGCUACCCGAAACCCUAAUUUUAACACAGCGAUUGAAAAGCUUCGAAUCAAGCGUAGGAUUGAGUCGCAAAGCAUUCCGACUGGGAAAAUUUGUUCAGGACAUUAAUUCUAUUAGAAACUCUCACUUUGAUACCAAACAAGAAAUCUUACUGUCUGUAAUUGCUUAUGGAGGCGAGGGAUUGUAUUAUUUUACCGAACAGCUUGUUUGGCUGGCUAAAGCUGGUUUGAUCGAUAGCAAACACUCAAAACAAUUGGGGAAAAUUAGUGCCUGGGCCGAGUUUAUAGGAUAUAUAGGGAGUAUUUCUAUAAAAUUUAGGGAUUUGAAGAAAUUAAAUGAAGAAGAGGCAUGUUUGGCAUCAAGUAUUGAAGUUGCUGGUUUGAGAGGGAAUGGAGUUGGAGAGGAAGAGAAAAGGAUGGGGAAGUUAAGAGAGAAGCUUGUGAUGAAGAAGCUUUCAAUUGUGCAGGAUUUUGCUGAUGGAUUAAUGGCUUUAGCAGAUAUUAGAGAUGGAAAAGGAAGGUUGUCGGCUCCGCUUUUGUUAUCAAGUGCAGGGCUUUUAUCUGCUUUGAUUAGCACCCAUAAGAAUUGGAUUUCUUGCUGAGUUUGAGCUAUCGGUUUCAGAAGCUGUAGAACUCCGACAUGCUAAUGCUGCUUUGUCAAGUUCUUUUUCUGGAUUGCUUGUGGGACAUGAAGACGGUAAAGUGAAGUAUGAAAAAGUGAAGUAUGAAAAAGUGAAUACACAAGAGGAUAGCCAAUAGCAUAUUCAUGGGCUCUCAACAUGUAUCCUUGUUUUUUUUGGGUCAACAAUAGUAAUCUACACUUUACAGUCUUAAUUGUUAGUUGUUAGUUACGGAGGUGGAAUAUGAACUUACAACCUCUCAAUGCAUUUAGAGGUGUUUUAGCCAUUUAAGUUAGUCCCACAUUAGAACGUGUAUCUUAGGUCGAGAGUUCGAAUCUUGACUUUCAACUGGGGAGGGUUGCCUUUCAUUGUGCAGUCCAAUAAUUUUUUCAAAAUAUUUAAGCUGAAAUUCCAAAUUUAUUCUUUGUUAA